AUGGCUACAGCGGCGGAUUUUAAAACCAAUGCAGAUCAGGCUUGUAGAGCUGCUGAAGAGUUUGUUAAUGUUUACUAUGAGACCAUAGAUAAAAGAAGAAGGAUGAUGACUAGACUGUACCUUGAUACAGCUACUUUGGUUUGGAAUGGAAAUGUUGUGAAUGGACGAGAUGCUCUGGGCAAAUUUUUUGAGACGCUACCUGCCAGCGAGUUUCAGGUCAACGUCGUAGACUGUCAACCUGUGCAUGAGCAAGCCACUCAGAGCCAAACAACUGUCCUCGUGGUGACCUGUGGAAUAGUGAAAUUUGAUGGGAACAAACAGCGCUAUUUCAACCAGAAUUUCCUCUUGACUGCCCAAGUCACACCAAACAGCACCGUGUGGAAGAUCGCAAGUGACUGCUUCCGUUUUCAGGAUUGGUCUAGUUAGGCCUGGCCAGAAAUGGGACUCGCUUGUCUCUGGCCCAAAUGCUCC